CCGGAGCGGGCCCGGAGAAGGCGGCGGCCAUGCCCGGGGCGAUGGCCGGGGCGGCGGUCACCGAGGCGCUGGUGGCGGAGCUGAGCCUCAGCCUGAGCCUGAAUCUCCUGGACGAGUGCGCCGUUUGCCGGGACAGCCUGCAGGGCCGGGAGCCCAAACUGCUGCCGUGCCUCCAUUCCUUCUGCAAGCGCUGCCUCCCCGAGCCCGAGCGGCAGCUCAGCGUCCCCGUCCACAGCAGCAGCGCCGCGGCACAUAACGGGGAAGCCCCGGUCAUCCAGCAGGUGGGUGUAAUUCGCUGCCCAGUGUGUCGACAGGAAUGCAGACAAAUCGACAUGGUGGAUAACUACUUUGUGAAGGAUUCCUCGGAAACGGGGAACAGCAGUAAUGAAAAGUCAUAUCAGGUAUGCACAAGCUGUGAAGAUAAUGCAGAAGCUAUUGGAUUUUGUGUGGAAUGUGUUGAAUGGCUCUGUAAAACUUGCAUAGAAGCUCACCAGAGAGUGAAAUUCACAAAGGAUCACACAAUAAGAAAGAAGGAAGACGUUUCACCAGAGGUGAUGGGGGUGUCCAGCCAACGACCUGUAUUUUGUCCUGUCCAUAAACAGGAGCAGCUGAAACUCUUCUGUGAGACCUGUGAUAAACUGACGUGCCGGGACUGUCAGUUAUUAGAACACAAAGAACACAGGUAUCAAUUUUUAGAAGAAGCAUUUCAAAACCAAAAAAUCAUCAUCGAGACGUUAAUGGCCAAACUUCAAGAGAAGAGGAAUUACGUGCAGUACGCAGCCAGUCAAGUUCAGAACAGGUUAAAUGAAGUCUCGGAUACGAACAAGAAGGUGGAGCAUGACAUUAAAGUUGCCAUAUUUACACUCAUCAAUGAGAUAAACAAGAAGGGCAAGAAUCUGUUACAGCAGCUGGAGAGUGUAACAAAGGAGAGGCAAAUAAAAUUACUGCAACAGCAGCAGGAUGUUACCAGCCUUGCCAAGCAGGUGGAGCACGUGAUGAACUUUGCAAAGUGGGCCAUUUCCAGUGGCAGCACAGCUCUACUUUACAGCAAGAGAUUGAUUACAUUUCAGUUGCGCCAUAUUCUUCGAGCUCGGUGUGACCCGGUGCCGGCUGCUAAUGGUGGAGUCCGUUUCCACUGUGAUCCUACAUUCUGGGCAAAAAAUGUUGUGAAUUUAGGUAACCUUGUGAUUGAAAACAAGCCAAAUCCUCCAACCUACACGCCCAAUGUAGUCAUCGGGCACAGCACCCAGGUGCAGGUGCCAGCAAGUGGGAAACCGCCGGGGCAGAUUAACCUCGCACAGCUGCGUCUGCAGCACAUGCAGCAGCAGUUUGCACAGAAACAGCAGCAGAUGCAACAGAUGAGGUUGGCUCACCCAACCUCACAGCAGACCCGAGUGCCCACAGCCCAGCAAAUGGUUCAGCAGCAGCCUCCUCGGUUGAUCAGCAUGCAGACCAUGCAGAGAGGGAAUUUGAAUGGUGCUGCACUUCAAGCUCACCAGGCCCAUCAAGCCCAUCAGAUGCGAAUGGUGCAAAAUGCUGCUCGCAUGGCAGGGAUGACUCGUAACAAUGGGCACCAGUAUCCAAUGAUGCAACCACAAAUCCCAAGACAGCAUUCAAAUCCUGGGCACACGGGACCCUUCCCUGCGACCACUGUGCACAACAGCAUUCCCAACCCCACCAGCCCCACCACUGCCAGCUUAGCAAUUGCCAACCGGGGGCCCACCAGUCCCACAGUCGCGACCAUAGAGCUGAUUCCUUCAGUGACGAACCCAGAGAACCUGCCUCCGCUUCCAGAUAUCCCUCCCAUUCAGCUGGACGAUGCUGGAUCAAGUACGUUAGACCAUCUGCUGAACAGAUUUAUCUCAGACAGUCAUCACCAGCCACCUCUGCCACCAUCCUCUAGUUCCAACCCAUCCCCUGGACCCUCCGCACCAUCACCUGGACCAGCAACCAUGGUAAUGCUUAACUCCCACAUGCCAGUCAGACCGUCAAGUACCUCCAGUACUGGUAGCAGAGGCAGCUGUAGCUCCUCUGGUAGAGCUCACUGUACAGAGAGGGGAGUGUCAGUCUUCCGACCAGAUCAAGUGAAGAUCAAGCAAGAGCCGGGCACAGAGGAGGAUGUGUGCAGCUUCUCUGUGGCUACUGUAAAACACGAGCAUUUGGAAGAUGGUCGGAGAAGCGCCUGUAUGAUGAGCAGCCCUGAGAGCAGCCUGACGCCUCCUCUCUCCAACAAUUUACACUCCGAGAGCGAAACCGACAUCGAAGGUCUACGCAACCUUGAAAACCACGUGAAGAUUGAGCGCACGGAGAGGACCGGGAGCUGCAAGCAGUCUGGUGUCAGCACCUUUAAUGGCAAGUCGCCCGUCCGCAGCACUGCGCACCGCUCGCCACGGACCGCGGGGGACAACAGCAACAAGGACGAUGACCCAAACGAGGACUGGUGCGCAGUGUGUCAGAACGGAGGGGACCUGCUGUGCUGCGAUAAGUGUCCCAAGGUUUUCCACCUGUCGUGUCACGUCCCCACACUGCUCACCUUUCCCAGCGGGGAAUGGAUCUGCACAUUCUGCAGGGAUCUGUCCAACCCUGAAGUAGAGUAUGAUUGUGACAACCUGCAUCAUAUAAACAAGGGAAAAACAGGCCCAAGCCUGAUCCCAGUUGACCAAAGGAAGUGUGAGCGCCUCCUACUGUAUCUCUUCUGUCAUGAAAUGAGUAUUGCAUUCCAGGAACCUGUACCUUCCUCUGUUCCAGAUUACUAUAAAAUUAUUAAGAAACCAAUGGAUCUAUCCAAGGUGAAAAUGAAGUUGCAGAAAAAACACUCAGAACAUUACCAAACGGCCAAGGACUUUGUCGCUGAUGUGAGGCUCAUUUUCAAGAACUGUGAAAAGUUCAAUGAAGUUACCCUAUUACCAGGGGUUCAAAGUGGUCCUCACAUCCUCAUGAGGACCAGAGACAGUGAAAUGAGAACCAAGGUGGAUUCGGAAGUGGCUCAAGCUGGAAAAGCUUUAGAAAUCUAUUUUGAAGAAAAACUUCAGGGGAUUUACUCAGACCAAACCUUUGCACCUCUGCUGGAGUCGGAAUCUGACCACGAGGAAGAUGCUCGUGUCAGCGAGGAUUCGGACGAGGACUUUGUGCAGCCCAGGCGAAAGCGCCUAAAGUCAGAAGACCGGCCAGUGCACAUUAAAUAAAGUGCAACCAAGUGGCUUCUUCGAGGAGAAAAUGAACUGAUAGAAUUCUCCCUGUUUUGUGUUCACAAGAACGUGAGCAAUACUCCAGUGGCUAAUCUGGUUGUUGUAAAAGCCAGUACCCACGACACACAGUAUUUAUUAGUUUUAACAAUGUUUUGUACAAAUGAGACUCAGUUUGAUUUGAUCAUUUCCUGGAUAUUCUUUGAGUUCCUUGCUCUCUUUUUUUAAAAAAAAACUAUCCUCGCCUUUACUGGUAUGACUAUUACCAGAUCAGUUCUUUUGUGUGCUAAACGUUGUAGAUGGUAUAUAUUUUAUUGGCAUGCACAAGGGAUUAUUUAUUAAUUACAUAAAUUUUUAAUUUACAUGAAGUUUAAUUUGUGCAAACUUGGAUAUUGGGCAACUUGGUUAUCCAUUCAAAUCUGCACAGGACACAGCUUGCCUUCCGUGCUCAGAGAUCUAAUCUCCUUCAGCUGAUGCAGUUGCCUUCAAUAGGCCAACCCACCUUCUGAUACUCUCCACUGAACACUGCAGUCUCUGACCAAAUAUCCUUCCUGGUAAGGAGUCCGUGCACUGCAAUAAUUAGCCGACCAGGGUUCCAUUUGUGAGGACAAGAGCAACGAUUCUUCAUGUCUUUAUAGUACCCGAUUUGCCUUUUAUUGUGUGUUUAUUUUUUGUACGACUACUGUGGAGGCCUAUUCCACAGGCCUGUGCUUUUCUGUGUUUUUGACAAUUGACGUUACAAUGAUGUCCAGGGAUGUGGCCACCAAAACCUGCCCACGGCACAAAUGCUUACAGGGCAGCAUCAUUUGUGUGUAAAGACAGGACUAUCUCUCAAUCCUCAUUACCACUAAAAACACACUGCACCGGUAUGGAAGAGUUGUAGAGCAACCUCGGGAGCCCUUCACUGCUUUGCUUUUAUUUGGCGAGUGAUUAAAGGGGUUGAAAAGAAAAUAGGAAGAGUGAAUUCUGAAGCGAGAAUCCUUUACCGUGCACCUCGGUACGGUGUGGUAAAUGCUGAGUGUGCUGUCAGCCUGUCGUGAGCACAUUGCGGAGGUAUUCCCAGGUGCUGGAUGAUCCUGCCCGGUGACAAGUGGGAAACCCAAGGACCUCGUGAGUAACAGUUGCCUGGUCAGUUGGGCAAUGCUGUGUUAGCCAGCCAUGGGAUGUGUUGUCAAUAAGCUGUAGCCGCUUGAUAUAAACAGGUAUUUGAUGUAAUAAAGGAUGAAUUUGUACAGUG